AUACAGCCUGAGUUGCACGACCUACUACGACUCCAGCACGGCCAAAAGUCUCGCGAAUCGACACCCUGCGAAUCGAUUUGCGACGGAUCAUCAACCAACAACACCGCAAUCAUGGCUGACGAAUACGACGCCGAGCAGGCUGCCGAGAUCAAGAAGAGAAGAGCAUUCCGCAAGUUCUCUUACCGUGGAAUCGACCUCGACAACCUUCUGGACCUCAGCUCCGACCAGCUCCGUGAUGUCGUCCACGCCCGUGCCCGCCGCAGGAUCAACCGCGGUCUCAAGCGCAGGCCCAUGGGCUUGAUCAAGAAGCUCCGCAAGGCUAAGCAGGAGGCCAAGCCCAACGAGAAGCCCGACCCCGUCAAGACCCAUCUCCGCGACAUGAUUGUCGUCCCCGAGAUGAUUGGCUCCGUCAUUGCCAUCUACUCCGGCAAGGAGUUCAACCAGGUCGAGAUCAAGCCUGAGAUGGUUGGCCACUACCUCGCCGAGUUCUCCAUCUCAUACAAGCCUGUCAAGCACGGCCGUCCCGGUAUUGGUGCUACAAACUCUUCUCGUUUCAUUCCUCUCAAGUAAGGAAAGGUGCGGUGGCUUGGGUGGUGUUUGCAUUCAUGGACUUUCAAGGGCGAAAAGGGCUGGUUCUGGUAGAAUGCUCUACCUUAUGGUGAUGACAAUGAUUACCACGAGAGUACAAUCAAAAAACCUCAUCAAAUCA